CCGACUUUGCCAAAACGCGGCAAACGCAGCCCUGCCAAUGCCGCGACCACGGUAACUGGAAUCUCUUCGUUUGCAACACCAGACACGCCUGGAUUCGCUAUCUUAUCGCCAGCAAUGGCCAGCGUGCAAGAAUCAGAGGCGGCGCAUAAACUCCGUCCCAACGGCAAACAGGCGGCGUGCGAUCCGUGUCGUGUCCGCAAAGUCGCCUGCGACCACGCCCGCCCAGCCUGCUCUCGCUGCUGCUCAAAAAACAGGACAGGCGAUUGCGUCUAUUCUGCUACAGCUGUGCGAAAAGACGCUGCGUCUUCUCACGAGGUGCCGCCCGCUGCGGUGGUGGAAGAUGGGCCAGAGCCAGGGCCAGAGCCAGAGCCAGAGCCAGCGGUGCCAGUGACGCCGCGACCAUCCAAGCGGAUGCGCCUGGGCUACACGUCGGCCUUAGAAGAAACACAACCAAAUCUAGUGUCAACGACACAGGAGAGCCCGUAUGGCAGCUCUUCACAUACAGAUCAACUCGUCCAGAGCGAAGAUACGGUGUUUGGGCGCCUACCGCGCUCGAUACGGGAAAUGUGCUUGGAGGUGUUGCGUGUGCUGCCGGGCCAGAAGAAUGCGCAGAUGCAGUAUCUCGAUGGCCACUUUGAACCAAAAGGCUGGGUACAUCUUGCGGCUCACCGCAUAGUGCAAUGGCUUCGUGUUGUCCUGUCAGAAUCACCUUCAAGAAGUGAGCAGGAAACCUUGGAGCAUGUUGCGCAAAUCAUAUCCAACAAUACAGCAAAGCCGCUGCGAGGCCCGUAUCCAAACUGGGAGACGUGGCUCAAUGCGUUUGUUGGGCCAAACACAAGAUGGGAGUCCAUUGGGUUUCUCUGGACACAUUUGGAACGCGUCUCUGAUAUUCUGGAUGCUCUGAUUCCGAGGAAGCUCGUCCGGACACCUGCCAACACGUCGCGGAAGACGGCAAAAAUGCACGUCAACUACUGCAUCCAGCUCACCAAGCACUUUACAGACGAAAGUGACUUGCUCGCAGACUUAUACCGAAGAUAUUGUACACUUGUAUCUCUAACAGAUGGUGAAUUAGCAUUGGCGACUUGGGAAGUGCAAGGCUCGACAGUCAACUACAUGAUUUUCUCCAACUUUCAAACAUCAGAUGCAGAAACGCCAUACAGACCCACGGCAUGGUCAGAAAACAACCGCCGCGUUGCUGCAGCCGUCUUUGUGUUAGAUAAGCUCAGCGUCAUGGUCACCGGCCGGCCGCCGCUUGUCAGCCAUCGGUACUACACGGCGCCGCUACCGCUUGACCUCAGCGACGAGGACCUUAUAGCCGACUCUGAAACACUAAGCCGUGCCAUCAGUGCUCUCGACGAGCGCGGUUGGAACACGAGCGGCGGUCUGUAUCCGGCCACCGUGGCGCGAGCCCGGUGCAUGAUGGCUCUGAUUCGGGACGAGUUGAUCGAGGUGACCAUGGGCAACAACAGCCACCCGAGUGCCGAGUAUCUGCUUGGCUUAAAGAGUCGGCAACACGCCUUGGUCGGUGAGUUCCCCCGAAGCAUUAAAUACACCACACAGGAUCUCCAUGCCGCUCCUCACGAGACACGGUCUGCAUACAUCAAAAUUAUCACGCAUCUAGAGCACCUCCAGAAUAUCUUCUUUGUGGACAGGCUCCUCAUACGCUACGGCUACAAUGACCAGGACACGCUGCUUGCGACGAGCCUCGCGCUGGCCAGCCUGACCCUCCACUUCUGGACUCACAAGGAUCAGUUUGCAGAUGCCAUUAUGCAGCGCAGCUUCGAAUGGCUGAUGCUCUCCUACGGUGCACCGGCUGCCGGCAUUCUGUGCCAGGAGCUUCUCGGCGCCGGCGAACACAGCAAAGACGCCAGCAUUAGCCGGUCGACCAUUAUCCAGCAGCUAAGCCUGCUCAUAGGAUUCUUUGACUGGGUCCGGCCGUCUGCACCCAAUGCAAAGCUGUGUGCCAAUUGCCGAAACAUUAUCCAGCAGGUCCUGGAUCAGUGCCUCAACACCGACACACACGCACUCGGCACCGGCUUCCUCAGCUGGGACUUUGGCGACCAACCAGACUUUAAUUUCGAGCUGAUGGACACCUUUGACUGGCUGCGUGCAGCUGAGCUGUAA